GUGACCCCGGCGACCGGGGAUUGAAGUGCGUUUGUACACCAGUGGAGUUUUUCUUCCUGGGAAUUUGCAGAGAUCGUGCAAUGGAUUCAUUAAAUUUACCGAUCACUUAACUGCAUAUUCGACUAAUGAAAUGUGAAGUUUACAGUUGCAAUGCCUUGGAAUAUUGUUGGUUUUGAAGGCAGUGCGUGCCUGUAGGCUUGUUGUACUGGAUCCAAGAUGGCAGAUCCAACGGGGAUAUUUCCCGUUAGUUUGGAGCAAAAUAAACCCGAAGGGGAACGGGACAAGCGCCGGCGUCUCACCACCCUCAUGGAAUCGCUCCGUAGCCGCACAUCUCAACACAAGACAUGGGUAGAUUGUGUCAAGGCUGUGCGCACCGCCAUAUCGGACAAACGACACCAACCAGACGCUCUGGACAAAGGUCACCUGCAACGAUGCCUUGACUCACUGCAGAGAGCUAUCAAAGUUAUCAGCCAGCAGUCUCUGAUUGAGAGGCUGGAGACAAUAGCCAGACAGCUCAGCUUGAGUUCCAGCAUCCAGCCUGGUCCAGAGCAGCACCUCAUCAUCUCCUCAGAUAUGUUCCAUGUCCAGAUCAUCUUUGACAAGGGCGGAGGGGUCAAAGAUGUCAAGGUCGCCCACGGAGGAGAAGCAAAUAGUUGUCAAGAAUUAGUGGAAGUAUUAAGUCGGAGAGAUUUUGCGGAGUUUGCAUCCCACUUAGAAGGGUUACUGAAAAUAUAUCAAAUUGUUGGUGAUAAAAAAGUGAAAAGUAAAGCAUUUCUGUCUCUACAAUCUUUGGAAUCAGAUCUCAACCUUCUUGCCCAGUUACAAAGCUCUAUCAAUGGUGUUGGAAACUAUAUACACAAGUCCCCUCUAGGUAUCCUGUUGCCAAGGAAGGGAGGUUUGCCAAUGAAGCUAAUUUAUUUUGUAUCGCCCUAUGAUCUACUAGACAAGAAGAGCAAGUCAGCCCACGCUAUGACAGUGGAAGCCAUCACGGAGCACGGCCUGGGUCAGAGUGUGACCGUGUGUCUGGAGGCGGCCACACCCAACAAGCUGCAGACAAUGCCCCUCAUGACUGUUGUAAACAGAGAUGGGAAAGGCAUCCCAUCAUUUCAAGGCCUGACCCAUGUCAACAGUUUCACCUUCCCGGCCUGUUUUGUGCUGGAGCUGCCGGAGCCCAUCCCUCUGGCACUGUCUAUGAUUCAGAAGAUACAGUCACAUACAAAUAUAGACAUUGAGAAAGGUGCCGAACCCAAACCACUGUUGUCCCUCAUAAUGGAAAAAUAUUCAAAUGGAAAAACUCUCAAUGAGACAGAGCUCUUUGUGUCCUUGCCAGACCAGCAGCAUGUGUACUUCAUGAGCAACGUGAACGGCAGCUCCCUGGACCAGCCUGGUGUGAUGGUGUCCCGCAUCCCGUUCACACAUCCCAUGAACGUUGCUCACAUUCUCAGUCAUCUACGCCAGCAGCUUGUCUUCAACACUGUCGUCAGCAGCUGCAUCAGACCCAACUCCAAACAAGAUAUGGCGAAUGCUGUUGUGAUAGAGCUGACGACGAUCUCCCUCCAACAGAUCUGUAUAACCAUGGAACACCCUGUAUAUGACUCCAUGUUGAACGUGGAGCUAGAUCUGGGAGAUAUCACCAGCCUCAAGUGUCGCCUGUCUUCAGGUCACACGGACCAAGUUCUCUGUACUGAUGACUUUGCUUCCAGGGUGUUCCAGAGAUGCCUGUCAAUCCCAAUCACUCUGAGGUCGAUCAUCAAGAAGGGUAGAGAGCAGCUGCAGAAGCUACUUGAAGAAAGGCUGGCAGCGAUGAAGAUGGCCUUAUGGCAGCGCAACAACCGCCCCCAACCCACACAGACACCCAGUAUACACUCCAGGGGGAGACAACCCGUGUUCGUGAACCCCGCCCUGUCCCAGGUGCCCCAGCAGAUGGCCCCUAUGCAGCAAAUGCAACACCAAGUCUCUCAUCACCAUAUGCCCCACCCUAUGACUCACCAGAUGUCCCAUCACCACCAUCAUCAACUGCAACAGCAGCAACAGCAUCAGCUGCAAGUCAACCAGCUGCCUCCACCUGCUCAAAUGACCGACAUGAGGGGUCAGAUGCAAGAUAUGCGGGGACAGAUGCAAGAUAUGCGCAGUACCAUCGCUGACCUCCUCUCUCCCCCUUUGGACAAAAUUGGCAAUAAUCCUCUGUUGGCUGGACUUCUCGACCAGGAACAUGAUGGCUCUAGUCAAGAAGUGAAUGACAGUCCCAUGUUGUCCAAACUCUUAGAAGAUCAGACUACGGGAGCUGCUUCAACUGCAGCUGCCGCCGCUGCUGCUGCAGCAGCAGGUUCUAUACCAUUGGCAAAUGCAACAAAACCAUCAGCCCUUCAUAAACGUGUGCGCAAAAGACGUUCUACUUCUGACCAGCUAGGUCGAAGUCCCAAACAUAGACUGAGUGAUGGUGAAGGAAAUGAUAAGAUAACCACUAUAGACUUAGACUCGAGCUGUAGUCCAUUUGAUUCUAGUUUACAAAGCAGUUCUGGCCUGCCCCCUGCACCAGGCCUGCAGUCCAUUAUUGACUUAACAGAAGAUUCAUUCGGGGAAUCAAAUCUGAAGAAGCUUGCAGAUAGUAUGGACAGUUUGAUUCCUAAGGAUCAAAAGCAAGCGACGGAAAAUGAACUGUCAGCAUUGUUGUCAGACGCGGAUCCUGGGAGGAGUCUUUUAUCCAAAAAUUCAUCGCCGGGUUCAAAAAACGAGAAUGCCUCUACCUCUCUUGAGGAUCUCCUCGCUGGGUCGGGAGAGGGAAACGAGGCUCUAGACCCAGCUUCUUCUCUUAGUAGUUCCUCUUCCAGUAUAGCGUCAGAUAAAAACAGUGGAAGAAAUGCUGCUUUUUUAGGCUUUAAGUCCAGCAGUCCCAGGCAGGACUCCAAAUCUCCCAUCUCCUCGAGUUUUCACAAGGAAGUUUUUAGCCCUGACCGUGAAAGGUCUGAUCCUCUACACAGUGCAAUGUUUGAUAGGACAGCGUUUGAUCUUCCCGAGACCAAGUACUCUGUUAAGACACCUCCCAUUAAGACUGAAUCCAGUUCCUCGGAUAGGAGGGAGAUUACAGGUUUGUUUGAAAAAUUUGAAAAGUUAAAAAAUGAAAAUGUGGAACCAAUGUGUACAAGUAUUGUGAAAAUUGAGGAAGGGAAGGGGUUGAAGUUGAAGCUGCCUGCUUUGAGGCAUAGUGAUAGCCGCAGCGCACCUGCUGUGAGCAUGGAAUCUCUGUCAAGCAAAAGCCUUGGCAAACAGAGCAAUGUGGGUACGUUUGACUUUAAGAGUGAUGAGGAUGAGGAUGAACCUUUGCCAAGCCUCAGUGGUUCGGAGAGGCUAGCAGUAUAUGCAGCAUCACCUACCAGGCUGCAGAUUACUAACAAAUCAAAAAACUCUUAUGAUACCUCCUCCCGUAGAAAGAGUGAAAAGUAUAAAAGGAAAGAGAGCAAGUAUGGCUCAAGUGGUGAAUCUGUGAAGAGGAAGAGAGGGAAGGAUGAAUCGAAGAAGGAGAGAAAGAAGCGGAAGUUGGGUGAGAGUAACCAGUAUUCUAGCGUGGCUGUGAAUAAAACUGUAUAUCAUGCUGCAACUGUGGAGAGUGAUCAAAAGUCGGUCACCAAGCUGAAAAUUAGAGUGUCAAAAGAGCCUUCUUUUAAAAUUGAGGAGGACACCUCCAAGAAGUCCUCCAAACACUCAUCCACUCCAGUGGUAGACAAGUUGAUUGUCUCCAAACAUGACUUGAAAGAUCCAGACAUAAUUUCAAGCCAUAAAUCACAGUCAUCCUCUCAAAAAAGUCUUCAUCGCUCAUCAUCUUUAUCUCAGAGAUCAGCAAGUCCAAAUCAAUCUCAGGGUAAUAGUGUUAGCAAGUCAGACCCUAAACUGGCAACUAAAACUACAAUCCGACUCAAACCACUCAAUAUUCCUAACUCAGGAUCUUCAGUAACUGUCCAGACUGACAAAAAGAGUCCUUCUACAUUGAGCACCGCUAAAAAUCUUACAUCCACUAAAACAUCAGUGUCUAAUUCAUCCCGACCUCAGGCACCAAUAGUUUCAAAGGUAUCUCUCUCACCCAGUCCAGUCAGGACACCAACGUCCUCCCCCUCCAAGCUUGCUUCCCAGUCAUCGGGCAAAUCAAGUUCCUCUAAAUCCCUCACAUCCUCCAAAUCCUCUUCCAGUCUACCAAAACCUCCCACAUCACUCAGUUUGUCAAAAAACCCUGUGUCAAACCUUUCUAAGUCACCUUCAGCUUCAAAUUCGCCAAAAUCUGUCACCUCGACAAAAUCUUCAACACCCACCAGUAGUGCUAAAACUCCAACUACACCGGUCACUGCUAAAACUCCUUCAAGCUCGUCUAAAAGUCACUCAUCCAGUCCAGCAAGGCCAUCAAGUCAAAAUCCAAAACUGUCCUCGUCUCAGACAAUUAAAUCCUCAUCCUCAUCCUCAGGAUCACCUAAAACCAGCACCAGCUCAUCCAAAUCUUCAAGCUCUAAUAGAUCAGUCAGUAGCAGCUCAAACAAAUCAUCAAGCUCCUCCAAAACGCAAACAUCAAGCUCUUCUCGGCCUCAGUCCAGCUCAACAAAAUCUCAGAGUUCCGGCUUAACAAAAUCUAGUAGCAGUAGCUCAUCAAAGGAUAAGAACGCUUCAAAAACCUCCAGUACGCCAAAAUCCUCCAAUGCUUCAAGUUCUAGCUCCAGCAAGAAUUCAUCUACCUCAGGCCCUUCCCUCCCGGCUGCCCUAUCCAUAGCUAGUUUCCUCCCCGAUGCGCCCACGGCUAGUAGUGUGGCUAGUCUUCCCCCAAUCCCCAAAUUAUCCUCCUCCUCCUCGAGCAGUGGAACUAGUCACAGCAGCAACACCAGUCAAGGCUCAGGAGCAUCUAGCUCCAAGGAUCUCUCCACCAAUACAUCAGGAGCUGCUCCCAACUCUGGGGGAUCAAGUAACACCAGUGCUUCACACAGUUCUAAAGCCUCGGCAAGUUCCAGUGCUAAUGUUACUAAAAGCUCUAGUGGCAGUGCUUCUGGGAAUACCAGUUCGAAAAGUAAUUCCACUGUAAAUAGCAAACCUGUUGAGUCCUCAAGUGCUUCAGAAGGUGCUGGUGGAAAUGGUUCCGGCUCAGGAUCGUCUGGUGAUGCUGGUGCAAAUAAAGGCAAACUGCCAGCUGCCAGAUCGAGAAAGGGAUCUUUGUCUGCUGUGAUUGACAAGCUGACAAAAUCCAGCACUACUGCAGUGCAUGUCAGUACUAUGACACCGGGGGAAGUGUUGGCCAAACAAGCUCGGGAGAAGGCUGAACAGGAGAACAGAGCUUUGGCUGAGCAAAGAGCCUCCCGCUCAGACCCUAAGGCUCAAGAUCAUGUGUUAAAUAGUUCAAAGACAGAGCGAGAGAAAAGUGAUUCUGGUGACACGAACCGGAACCGGAUGGAUUCUCAAAUCAAAAGGAAUAUGUCUGUGGGAUCUUCAAAUAAGGAUUCGCCCAAAGUGUUGUCUUCUGUGAAUAAUAAAGUGAGUCGUAAUGAAAUGAUAAAACUGGGGCAAAAUUCCUCUCCUCUAAACAAGGUGGUUACAUCCGAAAACAAUUCAGUGUCUUCUUCACCAAGGACCAACAGUCUAGGUUCCUCUAGAUCUGUUGGGAGGGCCAGUCCUGUGAAUAAGGAGGCCCUGAAAAAUAGGGACAGCCCAGUGGGUCGGGCUAGCCCUGGAGGCAAGUCAAGCCCUGGGAUUAAAGAUAGUCCUGGUAGGCCAGGUGCUUCAACAAACUCUGUGCUUGAUGGAAAGGAUAAAGUCAAUGCCUUUUCAAAGGAUGAUAAUAAAAACAGAAGACAGUCCGUGGAGAGUGGGAGAAGUGGGUCUCCAGUGACAGGGAAUAAACCUGUGGGAAAUGUGUCAAAUAAUAAAAAAUCUGAACUCUCAGAUAAAGGCAGCAUUAAAGGGGGGAGUGUCUCUCCUUUGACGAUUCAGAAUGUGCAAAAUGUAGGUGUGGAGAAGCGAAGUCCUUCGCAAAAACAUUGCACUUCGCCUCUUGUGUUCAACAAUACUAAAUUCAAUGGAGAAAGUUCUAGAGAAAAGACUCCUAACAAGGAGGAGCGAGAAGCAUUCAAAGUGCCGACGCCCAAAGCUUCCACCCCUGAGACUCGCGAUAUGGACGAGCUAGAGUGUGUGCCACGAAAAAAGCAACGAGUCAACAAGAACGUGUCCAGCCCUCAUAGUGAUGCAAGUAGUCCAGAAAAUGGGCUUGUUAUAGAUUGUCCGGGGACGCCCAAGGUCAAUAGCAACGGGCCGUCACCUAUGCCAGUUCUUGAAAGUCCAGUUAAAGAUACACCAGCUCCUCCUCCACCCACUGAUGGUAAACCGACUCCUGUGAAAUCCUCUACUGUGUCAAGUUCUCCUAAAUCCAAAGUGCAUCAGUCACCACGCCCCAGCCAAAGCCCUGCCGGGGUCAAGGUCACGAGUAAUUCCGAGACCCCAGGGAGUGGGGAUACCCGUCACUCCCCUUGUGAAAUAGAUGAUGAACUCAUGGAUGAAGCUUUAAUGGGCCUGAAUAGCUGAUGAUUGUGUUUUAGGGUUUUGAAAAAAAAAAGGAAAACCACAAAUUGUCCAUUGUGACCAGUGGGGUCAGAACAGUAAUAGGAUAUGACCCUACUGAUUUUAUUUAAGUCAUUUAUGGAUUUCCUUACAGUUAAGAAUGAUUGUCAAAACUAGCCUAAACAUUCCUAAACAAAAACUUUCAUUUGGUAAGACUUGGAAUGUUUUUGUAAUUAUAGAUUAUGUUAAACAUACCUCUGUCACUGGGUUCUUCAAAAGACGGUUGAUUGUCUUAAAACCAAAGAUUUAAAGUUUUUGUUUAGAAUAUCCAGUUUUGACCUUGUCCUAUGAAUUAGUUCAAUACAGUAUGCCAACAUUCAAGGUAGAUUCUGAAUUGUCAAUUCAUUUUACUUCUUCUAUCGAGUCAUGAAAUAGGGAAAGGGAUUUUUUGUCAUCCAAAAUACACCAUGUACUCUGUCCUUUAUGCUGGCAUUGAUACAUUACAAGAAUCUUAUUCAGUUCGGUGAUCUUUAGACAUGUUCCCUGGUCCAUAAGGAAUUGAUAUUCUGUCUUUGCAGUAGUGAGAUGUGGUUUUCUUUGUAUACCAAGGUGUGAUUAAAACUGACAUGCAAAGCCAAACUGGUGUCCUUCAUGGAAAUGGCACAGCUGCCAGACAAGCUGAUACCUUUGCCAAAAUCUCUUCCUGGUUUCUCAUAUUGUUUGAAUGCCGUUGUGGGCCACAAACUGAUCGUAGUGCUAAGACUGGUCUAACCUCUAUACAUUAACAUAGACUUACAUCUGUUGCAGCACUGAGAUCACUCCCUGGUUCUUGAGUGUUUACUGAUGUCAGAUCAUCUUCAGGUGUGCACUGGUCUUUUGUUAUAGAGGAGAAGGGGGUGCAGGGGAAACGAAAAUAACAGUCUUAGAGAUUGAAUCAUCAAAGAAAUUGGACACUUUAUCGCACAAAGUAUUGUCAGCCAAAAAUUGAAUUUAAGGUAUUUUUGAGGGUUUAAAUAUUUUUUCAGCCAGACCUGGAUUAAGUGAAAAAAAAUUCGUCCCACUUUUUCUAAAGUCUGUAGUUUGAGUACUGUCUUCCAUGUUUUCAUAUGGAGAGGGGCUAGAUUUCUUUUUAUCAUUGAUUUAAGUAUAACUGCAUUGAUGUUAUCUGAAACUUCAGUUUAAAAAGCAAAUAUAGUUAUGAGGUAUUUUAUUUACACCCCAACUAUGGAGACUGUGUUACAAAGUGUGGAUGGCGUUUAGACAAUAUGUAUGAUCCAGGACUCGCUGGCUGUUGUUUCAUUAAAACAUGAUGCCAUAUUAACGGCUGAUACAUGUGAUGCAGGUUUUCUCGUGAAAUGGUAAGUCAGAUUGUGAAAAAGGUUCGGCGGUCAUACAUUGUGUCAUAUUAAAGGAUGGGGGUGGUCGGGUAGCCUAGUGGUUAAAACUGACAUACACCGAAGACCCGGGUUCGAUUCCUGACAUGGGUACAAUGUGUGAAGCCCAUUUCUGGUGUCCCCUGUCAUGAUAUUGCUGGAAUAUAGCUAAUAGCGGGGUAAAACCAUACUCACUCACUCACUCAUAUUAAAGGAUGAAAAAUCUCUGAGAAGCAACAUGUCCCACAAACUCAGUCUUCUCCCCUAAGAUACAUGACCAGUGCCCAGUACUGAACAAGAGGUCUGUCCCUACAUUGUCUGCCCAUCAUCUGACUGUUAAUAAUUUGUUAUUCUUGUGUUGCUUUCUGAAGUCAAGACUUUGUAUUAAUUAUUGUACCGGUACUUGUUUCUUAGACACAUCCACUUUCUCAGGGCAGUAUCUCCAUGUCUGUUGCUUGUCACUCUGUCUGUUAGUUGUACAAAGUAUGAUGUUAACCUGUCGUCAGACCCAAAACCAGAGACUGUUUCUCUAUUUACUCCUUUGUGAAAAGCCAAAAUCACAACAGACUACGUAACCAUGGGAAUAGCAGCAUUACUAGUGAAGAUUUGAGCUCACCUGGGCUAUAAGUCUAGUUGUGAUUAUGUCAUGGCCUGUUUGUCCGAUGUUGCCGUCGAUAUUAAGAUGAAACUUGCUUGUCACUUUGUCGUCAUGUUGAAGGUGGUUCAGAUAUUUAUUGUAAAUCAUGCAGGGUUAGAAAUUGGCACUAGUCCUAUAGUCCUUGCCAAACUGCCCAAUGGUAAAGGUAUCAUAAGGACUAGUAGAAAAUUGCCAUUUUUAAGGGGUUUGCUUUAUGUUAUCAUUAUAAGGACUAGUGGACGAAAACUAAUCAGCAAACAAUAACACCUAGACUGUAGACUUUAAAUUCCUUGAUGUACCACACUUGACGAGAAGCUAGUGUACAAUUACAUUGUAUGUUAUGAGCCUUGUUAUGUGUGUCAUUGUCUCGCCUAUGUACAGUGAACCUGACAUGACAAGAUACUCCAAUAUGUCUAGAUAAAAAUACGACACUUUAAUGAUGCUAGCAAGGAACAUUUUUGAUUUCAUGAUAACAGUACUGUAAAUUUAAGAAAUGAAAAGUGAAACUUAUUGAAGAUUUCAACACUUUCUUCUCAGGGGCCACAACUCCAAAAGGCUAUGCCAUGACUGACAUUCAUCGCUGCUUACUGUAGAUGGUGUUGCAGAAGUAGUGUUAAGUUAGAUUUGACCAAUAUGUAACUUAUAGCUGUAUAUACAAUAACCAACAGUCAUUUGUGUAAAACAGUAUCUAGGAAUUUAUCUAGGAUUCUAAACUAAGUGACCCUGGCUGGCAAAUUUUGAAAAAUAAAAUCAUUUUUGGUUCAAAAUAGGGAUUUUUUAAAGUUCAUAUUUUCUAUAUUCAGAGGUAGACCUGUUUGAAUAUGGUAUUUUGAGAUUGCAUUCAAUACAAUAAUAUAAAACUAAGCAUUAAAAACUCUUCCUUUUUAUUGAUCCUUUUUUUCAGUAAAAUACAGGUUACCUCUACAAAGCUAUAAGAUUAGUUAUUAGUUAUAUAUUAAAAUACAUAUUAAAAUUUUCAGUUCCAAUUUGGGAAUUGUUACUGACAUUUGCUGUAGAAAUGGGGCCAAAUAUUGGCUUCUAAGCAGGUCCAGAUAAAUCCCUGGUAUGUUACAAAACUUGAUAGCAACAAAUGUUAUAACAUUAGUGUAAUUAUCUCCAGUGCAUGGGUUUGGGUUACUUCUCCUUGAGCUUAUCAGUUUGCCAAUUUGAUUAUUCACAAUUUCUUAUAAGGGGAGACUACUCUAUUGUAUGGGCAUUAUACGGUCUAGUUUUUCUCCAGUUAAUUUCCUGAUUUGAUCAUUCAAAUUUUUUUGUAAGGGGAGAUAAUUUAUUAUUGUGGCUGUGUUUAUCAUAAGACACUGAUGACUCUGCAUAUUAAGAAUUUUCAAGUUGUGAACUAGCAGUAUUUGUGAAACAAAAUCAUUUAUUUCAUCUUUUAGUUUAAAAUAUUUUAUCAUUUUGAAAACUAAAUGUGUUCCUGGUAUUGAUAAUUCAUGGCUGUCCUGAAUGGCUGUCUUUAUUGUCAUGUGAAUGUAAUACGGUAAUACAUGAUAAGGUGAGCUGCAGAGGCUUGGCAUUAUUUCUUCCUAGAGGUAUAGUGAUCUUGGAGUUCCCUCGUUUUUGGAUAGUAUUGAAGACAGAAUUUGAAUCAUUGUAAACAUUUCUAGUCGGCUUAGCUCACAAGACUCAGCAUGGUUAUUGAAAUCACAUCAGAAUCUUCCAUACAUACUUAUAUUCAAGCUCCUCAGCGAUAGCCAGUUCGUGGUGCUCUUUAAUAUUGCUGCUCCCCUCUGCUAGGUGGC